CCUCUGUCAUACCGUCUCUGUCUGCCAGUCACUAAGUUUAAUCCCUCUGGACGUUUCAGCCUAGUCUUGCUUCGUAUCUUGUAUCAUUUCUCCUUUGUCGAAACACUCCACCGUGUAGACAAGAUGGAAGCCAUCAAGCUCCAGAGGAAGUACCCUCAAUUCUCCCAAGAGGAGAUGAUGGGGCUUAUCAAUCGCUUCCAUCAGAUCGAUGUAGAUGGAAAGGGUGCAGUACAGAAGCAGGAUGUAGUCAAGGCAGUGCAGGAUGCCGGUGAGGCCUCGUACGAUCAGGCAAGAGAGACGCUCAAAGAAGUCAAUUUGGACUCUUCCGGUCGGGUAGAGUUGGACGACUAUGUCGAUCUGUUUGCGAAGCUAAGAGCGGGCCGAAAUGUCUCUGCUGGAUCCGUUGUGAAGGGAAAAGUGUCUGUCAAAGGAAGCAACGCCAGUGUUCAGCACACCAUCAACGAGGACGAGCGGACCGAGUUCACACGGCACAUCAACUCGAGUCUCUCCGGCGAUGCACACAUCGGCGGCCGCCUGCCUAUCCCCACAGAUACCUUUCAGUUGUUUGAUGAAUGCAAAGACGGUCUGAUUCUCUGCAAGCUCAUCAACGAUGCUGUGCCUGACACAAUUGAUGAGCGAGUCCUGAACGUCGGCAAGGCUGGCAAGCUGCCCAAUGCGUUCCAGAUGACAGAAAACAACAACAUCGUCAUCACCUCGGCCAAAGCUAUCGGGUGCUCAGUGGUCAACGUCGGAGCCCAAGAUCUGAUUGACGGGCGGGAACAUCUGAUCCUGGGUCUGAUCUGGCAGAUCAUCCGACGAGGGUUGCUCAGCAAGAUUGACUUGAAGCAUCAUCCCGAGCUGUACCGCCUCUUGGAUGAAGGUGAGACCCUUGAGGAGUUCCUUCGCCUCCCACCCGAUCAGAUUCUGUUGCGAUGGGUCAACUACCACCUCAAGGCCGCCAAUUGGCCGAGGAGAGUUGCCAACUUCAGCAAAGACGUCUCAGAUGGAGAGAAUUACACCGUUCUGCUCUCUCAGCUCAAGCCGGAGUCUUGCGAUCGAGCUCCUCUGAAGCAGACUGACCUGAUGCAGAGGGCAGAGAUGGUCCUGCAAAGAGCCGACUCAAUCGGAUGCCGAAAGUAUCUUACGCCUGGCUCCAUGAUCUCUGGUAACCCGAAGUUGAACCUCGCCUUUGUCGCUCACCUGUUCAACACAUGGCCUUGUCUCGAGGCGCUCGAGGAGCCGCCGCCGAUGGAGAUCGAGGACUUCGACGCCGAGGGCGAGCGAGAAGCGCGCGUCUUUACUCUCUGGCUCAACUCCCUCGACGUGGAUCCCGGAGUAUACAAUCUCUUUGAGGACCUGAAGAGCGGCAACGUGAUCCUUCAAGCCUUUGACAAGGUCGUCCCCGGCUCCGUUGUUUGGAAGAGGGUGUCAAAGCCAAAGGAGGGGCAGGAGCUGAGCAGGUUCAAGGCCGUGGAGAACACCAACUACGCCGUGGACCUAGCAAAGGGCAACAACAUGCACAUCGUGGGCAUCCAGGGAGCAGACAUCGUUGACGGCACCAAGACUCUGACGCUAGGUCUGGUCUGGCAGCUCAUGAGGCUCAACAUCACAAAGACGCUCUCUUCCCUCGGCAAGGGUGGUCGUGGUGUGAGUGACGCAGACAUGGUGCGGUGGGCGAAUGGGGUGGUACAGGCCAACGGCAAGUCGAGCUCCAUGCGAUCUUUCAAGGACCCUUCGCUGCGCACUGCCCACUUCUUCCUGGACCUCCUAGACGGACUGCGAAAGGGCAUUGUGGACUAUUCUCUGGUGCACAGGGGCACCAACGAGGAUGAGUGCAGGAACAAUGCAAAGCUUGCCAUCUCCAUUGCUAGGAAGCUGGGAGCGCUCAUCUUCCUUGUGCCGGAGGACAUUGUUGAGGUGAGACAGAGGCUGAUCCUCACCUUUGUCGGAAGUCUCAUGGCCAUGGGAUGAGCGCAAGGAGUGCAAGGCGCAGAUCGGAUGGAGGAGCUGGUGGUGAUACCUGGUUGAGAACCUGAGAAGAGUGGAUCUGAGA